AUUUUCUUUAUGUACAUUCGUUAUUUCGUAUAGAUUUUGUUUACAUUAAUUUUAACUAUUUAUUUAUUCUAAUUAAAAAUCAAUAAGUCUUCUUAAACGGAACUGUUUUAUAUUACAAAAAAAAAAAUUACAGAAGAAGAUCUGAUGAGCGAGGAAGGUCGUAGCGCCGCGUUCAGCGUUAGUCUCGAGCAGGCUGACUCGUGGCAGCGGCGGAAAGCACUCGUUGAUCUGUUGCACUGCUGGCCACCCACACUCAACAGUGAGGGACGAAGUCUACACAGCGUAUAUCUACAUCGACUCCUGACCGGCGCCGGCGACGCCAAAGAAAGUCUCGUCCUUUGCAAAUUGCUACUGAGACACCCAGUGUUGACGCAAGAGGAAGUGAAAUGGUUAGUGGACACCGCACCCAGUGAAUCUGCUAUUAACACUCUUUGGGUCGUGUUGCUCAGUCGAUGUGAAGGCUGCUUAGAACAGAAUGUUAUCACUGUAUUACAACGAGAUAAGGAUAUUAUACAAAAACAGGAGAUUGAAGGGGACUUAGUCAAAGAAAUGCUGAGCAGUGGACUAUUUUUGAAAUUGAUAUCAUAUCCUAUUUAUUCGUCAAUAAUCAAUUAUAUUAUUAGCAAGGAAUCUCCCGAAUUUGAAGCUUCUGAAGAUGAAAAUGCGUAUACAGUAAAAUGGGCAACAAAUGAAUUGGUAAAGGCUAAUUUCUUAGCGGAGGCAGGUCAUUUGCAGCUAUUAGCAAUGGGAGUACAGUCGCCUCUGCGCGGCUUCAGUCAGUCGGUGCAAUUUUGCAAAAACAUAUUUAAACGGAAGUAGUUUAAUAAAUAUAAAUUAUUGCUUAUUUUAAGUUAUUAAAUGAUUGU